AUGGGAUUUUGGCUACCACAAAAUUUACAAAAAAGACUUUUAUUACGUGUACUACAAAACAUAUCUAUAUUUUCUACUUUAGAUUUAUCGAAUUUAGAUAUAUCUCUUGGUUCUAACUCUAAAUUUUCCUUUACUAAUAUCAAUCUCUAUGUCUCUGAGCUACAUAUUCCCUAUUUUGAUGUCAAAAAAGGUACAUUAGAUCAAUUGGAUCUAAAGUUGAAUGUUUCUGGUGGCCUAGACAUCAAUGGGAAAGGUAUUCAUUUUAUAUUAGUUAUUAAACAUGAGGUACCUAAACAAGAGGAUAUUAUAUUUUCACUGACUAAGAGUAUCCAAAACUUAACAGAAUCUAUACUUGACUUCUCAGAAACAAACAAAAACUUAAAUAGUCAAUUAAGUAAGUCCAGUGAAAUAUCCAACAGCAACAAUUCUGAACAAAUUCCAGGAGCUUUCAAUACAAUAUUAGGGAGUGGGUCCGAGUUAGAUCCACAAAAAUCAACUAGAUUACAAACUAUGAGAAAUAAAGUUUUAAACUUGAUAUUAAAUAAAAUGAUAAUUGUUUUACAAAAUAUAACCAUUAAGAUUGAAGAUACCGUUGGAAAUUGUCAAUAUGAAAUAUCACUAGAUAUGAUAUCUUUGUUAUCUAAAGAGGAUAAUCUUCGUCAAAUGUCCGUAAAGGGAUUAUCCAUUUUUAAUAACAAGUUAGAACAAGAAUUAUAUUAUGCUUCAAAACUAUCAAAUAUGUCUGUAUAUAUGAGUGCAGUAGAGUCACUUAGUGAACUACAUAAUAAACAAUUUACUAGAGUGAAACUUCUAACGCUAGAUUUUGUCCAACUAUCAUUCCAAGGAUUGUCUACUAUUGAAAAUCUUUCUAUAGCUAAUGUUACAAUUGAUGUUGAUAAUAUUAAUGUAUUUUUAUCAGAUAUCACCGAUUUAAAUGACGAUGUUUUUAUACAUUUUGUUAGAAUAAUUAAAAGGUUUUUAAAAACCAAUACUAGACAAGAUGAUAAAGAACAAAAUAUGUCUCAUGCAGAGACAAAAAGCUCUACAACAUCUGAUCUUCUAUCAUACAUCUGUGUUAAGACUAUGUAUUUACAUUUUUUUUAUGAUAAUAUUAUUGUAUUUGAACAAUUAUAUUUAAAUCAAGUUGACAACAGAAAUAUAGUUUUAAAUAUCGACAAUUUUAAAAGUACUAACCAAAAUUUCCAAAUUAAAGUAGAAACAAAACCUAUAAUAAAGGGCACAAUCUAUUCCAAUUCAAUUGUAUUAAAACUGAACUCUAGUUUGGAGAUAAAAGUGAAUAGAAAGUUAUUCCUGGCUCUAAAAAAUUUUUACAAACAGUUCCGAAUGUUUGCAAAUCUUAUUUCAGAAAAUAUUACUUCUCUUCCAGACAGCAUAAUUAUUGAGGAAAAGAAGUCUGUUACUUCAACUAGUAAAUAUUUAAUAAUAACUGGGGAAAGUAUAUCGUUAAGCAUUGAAGAACAUGAGUAUAUUACUUCGUUGAUUCUAGAUUCAUUUUCAUUUGACACUAAAGAAUGGUUAUUUAACUGUAAAAAACUAUCUGGUUUAUUAAAUAAUAAUUGCAUCACAGAAGAAAUAAUUAGCAUAAACAACAUAUCCAUUCGACUUCAUGACAAAAAACAAAAAAUUACAACAUUCAAUGAAACACUCCAAGACAUAUAUGCAUUUACUAAUCUGGUUAUUCAAAUAGAAAGUAUAAUAAUUUAUAUAUCAAAAGAUCAAAUCCAAAUAUUCCUUAAUCAUUUUGCCCCGAUAUUAUAUGAACUAUUUCAAGAGUUCAAAUCCGAAGAAUAUACCACUAAAAUACAGCCAAUUAAGAAAGAUAAAAGAAAUCAUGCAUCAAAGAAUAUUCCAAGGAAGCAUAACUUAAUAUGUAAUCAGAUUAUAUCUGUCAAUAUUAUCAAAUAUAGAAUUAAAGAUAUUUUUAAAGAAACUUCUUUGGGUGCUAUAAAAGGCAAAUUAAAAAAUAAUCUUUUCCUUUUCCCAAGUAUUGAAAAUAUGAUCCUAUUCAUAUCCAACAAUAUUGAAUUGAAAAGAAUAUUGAUAGACUCAAAACAAAGUGAAAAUAUUAUUCAGUCAAUUCCAUAUUCAAAAAAGAACAAACCUAGCUUAUAUAUUCAUAUCCCUGCUCGUAAAGAAAACAACAAAUGCCAAAUCAAAUUAAAUAAUAUUGAAAUAACAUACAAAGCAAAAUGGUUAAAUUUUUUCAGAGAAAUAGAAACGAAUGUAGGGAAAGAGAAUGUUCAAAGAAAAUUUAAAAGUCCCCACAAUAAUUUAUUUCCCACGAUUGAGCUUUUAUUUAUUGAAUUUUCUUUAUUAUUACACCCGUAUCGUCUGAAUACAUGCCUUCUGAUAACAUCUGAUUACCAAAAUAUUCAUAUUGAAUCCUUUGAUACUUUACAUAUUAACUCAUUGACUAAAAAUGCGAAUAUUCUAUUGACUGAUAAUUUUAACAAAAUUAUAAAAGUUGAAACUACUAAAAUUCGAGAUCUAACAAAUUUUUACACUAGCCAAGGUUUUUGUCUUAUUGGAAAAGCAAAAAAUGUCAAAAUCCUAACUACAGAUAUUAAUAAUAAAAUAAAUACGACAAUAACCAUUGAACGCUUGUUAUUAUUAUUAUGUGCGGAUUCCUUUCAUUCUCUUAUUCAGACAUGUAUCGAUCUUAAAUAUCCUGAAACAUUUCCUGAUGAAAAGAAAUAUCAAACUUAUUUUGAUCAUGAUAUUAAUGUUUUGGAGUACAUUGAUAUGAACUUCUUUAGUAAAGAAAAAAGCGACACUUUAAAAACAAAAGACUUGGCAUCUCAAUCAAAGAAAAAUACACUUAAUAUAAUAGAAGACUUUUUAGAUAGAGCUUCUCCACAACAAACUGUUUCUAAUGAAUUUACAUACAAAAAUAAAACCCAAACAGCUAAUAAGGAAAGUUUAAAAUACAACCAUAACUAUGCUGAAAAAAUAAAUAUUAGUUCAAAAUAUAUUGACACACAAAUAACAACCGAAGAUUUAAAUGAGAGUAAAUCUUUAAGACAUGGUAAUAACUUAUCAAUAUCUAUAAAUUUGCAUAUUACCAAUGGUCUUAUAAAAUUAUUUGAUGGAUAUGAUUGGGCAUAUGCUAGAAAAAAAAUAUAUGAAGAAUUAUCAAAAUUAAAUUCAAAAUCAUCAAAAAUUAAAAAAUAUAACUAUACUGAUGAUCCAAAUACUUCUAAAAAAGAAAUAAACUUAUUUAAUUCCAUUUACAUAACAACAAAUCCAAACAUUGACAUUGAAAAAGCUGUAGUGGAAAGUAUACAGGGUCAGUUACUAAGUAAUUCAGUGCAUAAAAAACAAAUGAAUUUACAUCCAUCAAAACAUUAUAAACUACUAAUAAAUUUUGAACAAGCUACUAUAAACAUUAAUCAUUUUAAUACAAAACCUAUGGAUGCUGUUCAAGAAAAUUAUGCAUUUGAUAUUAUGAAUUCUGUUGAUAUAUCUUUGCAGUCAUUUGAGAUUAUUGAUAACCUUGAAACUUCAACAUGGAAUAAAUUUGCUUCAUUGUUACGACAUGAACACUGGUCAAUCAAUGACCCAAUGUUACACUUUCAUGUAGAUAUGGUACGUCCAUUAAACUAUCUGGAGGCAAUAGAGUAUAUUUUGAAUGUCAAAAUUUCUCCCUUAAGAUUACAUAUUGACCAAGAUACGCUAGACUUUGCUAUUCGGUUUUUUAGUUUCCAGGACUCAAGAUUUGACUUAAUUGAUGAUUACCCUGAUACUUUCUUUAUACAAAGAUUUGAAAUAGAUCCCGUCAAGGUCAUAUUGGAUUAUAAGCCAAAAAAAGUAGACUAUGUGACACUAAAAUCUCAAUAUUUUAGUGAACUAAUGAAUUUGUUUACUAUAAAUGGUUCUAGUAUAAUUUUUAAAAAAGCAAUUUUACAUGGUAUUAAUGGAUUUAAGUCACUAAGCAUGGAAUUACAAAAGAUAUGGAAACCUGAUAUUUUAAAAAGACAAAUGAGUGGUGUUUUAGAAGGCAUAUUACCUUUAAAAACAUUUAUAUCUUUGGGGUCUGGUGUGAAAACACUCGUUACAGUACUAACUUCACAUUAUAAUCAAGAAACUAUUGGCAAUAACAGUAACAACACAAAUCUACAAUGGAAUCCAAAAAUAUAUUUGAAAACUUCAACUGGUCGAUUUGUUCAAUUAAGUGCUAAUUUGGUUACAGGAGCACAAAACUUAUUAGAAAAUACUGAAACAUUAUUUGGUGGUCCAGGAUCCACAACCAGAUUAACUCACGGGAAUGCUAUUCAAAAUGUAUUAAAUAUGAAUAAAAUACUGAAUGAGGACCAACUAAUUGGAAACGAUAACCCUACAGUAAAAGGCAAUGUUCCCUCAGCAUUGGUUAUUGACACCACUAAUGUGCAAGAUGGUAAAGUCAAACCUCAUGUUGUUAGUUUAUAUGCCAAUCAACCAUUGAAUAUUCAAGAAGGGUUGGAGGAAGCAUACCGUUCCUUGGAAAAGCACUUACAAGUUACUUAUAACAUGAUUUGGAAACAAAAAGAUGAAUAUUUACAGUCGAUUAAUAGCACCAGUCCUUCAGCAGCAGCAGUUUCUGUUGCAAAGAUUGCCCCUAUUGCUAUUAUCCGACCUUUGAUAGGUACCACUGAAGCAAUAUCAAAAACUCUUCAGGGACUAGCUAAUCAAUUGGAUCAUGAUAACAUUGAUGAACUAAAAGACAAAUACAAAAGUGGAAAAUAA